AUGUGUGACAAAGGCAGAGGGAUGUGUAUAUGUGAUGGAUGUAAAGCUUAUUUUUGUACGCGACAUUUCAAUGAGCAUCGUCAACAAUUGUCAAUGCAAUUUGAUCGUGAUGUGGUGAAAAUUCACGAUGAUCUUCUUGAACAAAUUCAUUCAGUCAAACAACCAAAUAUUGUUUCUGAUGAUCUUUGUGCUCAAAUUGAUGAUUGGGAAACAUCAACGAUCGUGAAAAUAAAAAAAGUCGCUCAACUCGCUCGUCACCAAGUCAUUCAGUUGUUCAGUCAAGAAACGCAAUCAUUGACGGAAAAUUUGGGAACAGUGGCAGAUGAGAUUCGCACUCUACUCAAAGAAGAUAGCUUUGCCGAAGACGAUAUUGAACGAUUGCAAUUGAAGCUCAAUCAACUUCAAAAAUCACUCGAUCAACAAAGUCAGACAGAGAACGUAAAGCUAAUUAUCGACGAUAGAAUAGAUUGGAAUCGUCUGAUUUAUGCUGAGAAACAAAAAGGUAAAGAAAAAAAAUCAUCAGCAAUAGAAAUUUGUUUUCCACUAUCGAGCAUCCUAUUCAAUGAAAAAGGACAUUUUUACUUUCGAAUAUCUAUUGCUUUAUAG